AAAAAUCCAAAUCCGCUCACUGUGAUAUACGGUACCGUGUAAUUUUUUGACAUAGGUGGGACUUGGGUUUGGGUCCAACUUUCAUACUAAUGUUUUUACCAACUUCCGAUGUGCCAGCCCAGAUCAGAAAAAACUCGAGACAAAUAGAAUAGGGUUUUACGUGAGGGUCACAGUCGCAAGAGAUAGAGAGCGGAAGAAUGUGGAAAUCAGCGGUAGAAGCAAGGAGAGUAUUUUAUCAUCAUGGCCUCCGUAAUCACGCCCUUGUUGCUCUUCUUCCUCAACUGACUUCAUCUGAAUCUUCAUUUUUUCAUUAUUCUCGUUGGGUUUCUUCCAAAUCUUGUUUACAUCAAACAACUACAAGGCUUUUCUCAUCAAACCCAUUUCAAGAACCCGAAUCUCUUUAUAAAAUUACCCCUUUUGGAGAAAAUCUUGAAGCUGUUUCAUCUGAAGGGCCCUCCUCUGUUUUUGAUGGAAUUGAGGAAAAUUUAGAAGCUGAAAAUGGGUCUGAUCUUGGAGAUAAUAAGGUUGUAAUGGUGGAAGGUGAUGAAAACACUGACAGUGGGUCUGAUUUCGGAGAUAAAAAGGUUGUAACGGAAGAUGAUGAAAAAAUGGAGCUAGUAGAUUUGGAGAAAUUGGAGGGUGUGUUGUCUCUAUUGCAGAGUAGUGGUAUUAUUGUUGAUGGAUCUAUUGAGUCUAGUCUUGACGAAAUAGGGGUGUCUUUGAAUGAGGAGUUUGUUGUUAGAGUGUUGGAGACACCCUAUGUUCCUGGAGAGAAUUUGAUUUCGUUUUUCAAAUGGGUGUUGAAGAAACCUGAGUUUGUAGUGACUGGUAAGGCCGUUGAAUUGUUGGUUACUGCAGUGUGCAUUGAAGGUAGGAAUGUGUAUGCUUUAUGGGAUUUGGUUAAGGAGAUUGGAAAAAAGGAGAAGGGGAUAUUGAGGGGUGAGGUUCUUAAUGAAUUGAUUGCUUUAUUGUCAAGAUUAGGUAAAGGAAAGGCGGCAUUUGAGAUCUUUAAUAAGUUUGGGGAAUUAGGAUGUGCUCCAAAUGCUGAUACAUACUAUUUUACCAUUGAAGCUCUUUCUAGACGUACGAUUUAUGAUUGGGCUUCUAUUGUUUGUGAGAAGAUGCUAAAUGCUGAUAAGUUGCCUGGUGCUGAGAAAGUCGGGAAAAUUGUUACUUUUCUAUGUAAAGGAAAUAAGCCUAAAGAUGCACAUCUGGUUUACUUGUCGGCAAAGGAGAAAAAUAUUGUUCUGCCUGUGUCUUCUAUUAAGUUGUUGAUCAGCUCUCUUUGUCGCAAAGAUGAAAGCAUUAAACUUGCAGUAGAAAUGCUGGAUGAGUUUCCUAAAGAAGAGCGGAAGUAUGCCAUUAAGUCAUUCUCGGAUGUCAUUAAUGGGUUGUGUAGGGCAAAAGAUGUAACGGGGGAAAAGCAGCUGAGGUCCUAUUGCAGUAAAGACAUUGAAGAGGCCAGAAACUUGCUAUUAAAAAUGAUAGAUGCAGGUCCACCACCUGGCAAUGCAGUCUUCAAUACAGUCAUUAAUGCACUCUCUAGGAAGGGAGAAAUGGGAGAAGCUAGGAAACUGUUGAAGGUGAUGGAGGAUAGAGGUUUGAAGCCUGAUGUGUACACUUACAGUGUAAUUAUGAGUGGUUAUACGAAGGGAGGUGAGAUGGAGGAGGCCUAUAAGAUUUUGAAUGAAGCCAAAAAGAAGCACUCCAAGCUGAGUCCUGUCACUUAUCACACAAUUAUUCGGGGUUAUUGCAAGCUCGAGCAGUAUGACAAGGCUCUGGAACUAUUGGGAGAGAUGAAGGAGUACGGAGUUGAGCCUAAUGAGGAUGAAUAUAACAAAUUUAUCCAAUCUCUCUGCCUUAAGGCUUUAGAUUGGACAACAGCAGAGAAGCUGCUUGAGGAGAUGAAGGAGAAUGGGCUGCAUCUAAACGCAAUCACAAAGGGUCUCGUAAGAGCAGUUAAGGAGUUAGAACAGGAAGAAGUAGGAACAAAAGAAAUAAUGACUACUGCAUAAUAGGUGUUCAUCUUUUAUUGGGACCCCUAGUAUUAUUUGCAUCUGGGCAGUGGAGAAGGUGAAAUCUAAAUAAUACCGGUUCAUAUCAAUUGCUUGCAGAGAGGAGAAGGCUGUCCCAUUACCUUAAGGUAUCCAAGCUUCUUUUUGGAUGAGUAGCUUGUUAAGUCGAUUCUGAGCUGUCUUGUAAGACCUGAAGUAGAACUCUACAUUGAGCUGAUGGGAGCAGCAUGGUCAUAGCUAUAGAGGACUCUCAUGCAAUUGAAUUUUGGUCAACAACAUGUAGCUUACAUACCUUUGGUCUGUAGAAAUGGAGAGAUAUCAUGUAUGUUGGUCAUGGAAUUUCUGAUGUAGGUGUCUAGCUGGAAAGAUCUUGUUAACCAAGGUUUUUAGGAAACCGUUUACUAUCUGAAAGUAUCUAGUGGAGGCAUCCAAAUGGUUUAAGUUGAUUUUUGCAUGUUUCUCUAAACCCCUUUAGGUUAAAGGGACAGACGGUAAUGUAUUGUUUCAGAGAAUAAGUAGCUUUACA